AAGCUGGAUUCACUUGUUUACCAAGCACUGGAGACAAUACGUCAAGAAUCUAACAUAACAUUAUCAAUCGAUGUUGGUAGUGGAUUGAAUGUGGUCUUCAAUGAUACAAAUCCACACAUCAGCAAGUUGUUACAUGAACAGGUGCCAAUGCUGUUCACCAAUGACUCAUUCAAUUACACAAUGGAGAUAAAUACUGAAAGUUGUAUACCCGAUCCUUCCCUUCCAUCCUAUGAGAGCACUGCUGAACGUAACUGUUUAUUGGCCACAAUCGGAUCUAUAUUUAUUCUGACACUUCUGCAACCAUGGAUUGGACCCAAGAAGCCAAAGGAGGAGGAUAGUAAGAGAGCAUCAAGAGUGCCUACCGAGAUAUGAGGGAAAGAUGGAAGAUAGACAACUAGCUGAAGAAAAGGGUUUUUGAAGUGUGUAGGGUCUUUGUGCAUGAGUUCUCUGGCCUCAUCAUACGUCACUUGUACGGGGUAGUAGCCCCCUAGGAAUGGGUUAUGAC